CUUGACUUCCUCCAGAAAAGUUCAUCGCUUUAAACCUCUCUGUGUCUCUCUGAAUCCGUAAAGUGGUGCAAAGGGGAAAUGGGAAGGGAAAAGAGUCCUGGCUUGAAAAUCCUCUGGGUCUGGACUAUUGGCACUGCAGCUAUACUGGUGGCGAGUGUUGUUCGUACAAGAAUGCAUGACAUGGAGACGAUGAUGAACCAGGAACAAGCACCGAAACAAAACCAGAACAUUACUGCAGGUCACUCCGUCUUAACUGAUGAAACUGUUUUGCCUGAGUCUGAUCGAGAGAUUGCCAAAGAACUCAAAUGAAGAACAAGACUGCUUCUGCUGUUUUUCUUCUUCUUGUUUUCUCCUCUUCCUUUUCAUAGUUUUUUGAGUGUGUAGUAUGCGACUAUCAUUAGAAGAGAUUCUAGAUGUUACAUGGAGAAAAAUUUGACAAAUAAAUCGACCAAGAAGCUUCAUGAGGAGAGAGAUUAGCACAGUUUUGUCUGUGUGAAAAAACCUAUAAAAAAGCUAUC